UAAAGUUUAAAUAUAAACUCCGGAAUGAGAUCGCAAAGUUUUCGGUUUAUAUUUGUUACCAUAUUGAUAGCGCUCUCCCAUGGAGAUCCAAUUGACCAGGAUGAGGAUGUUAAUCCUAUGACUAUGAAGGGAUUUAAUAACAGUCUUGGAACUUUUGUGGAGUAUAGCGGAAGGGCAACUAUAGCAGUCGAAGAUCUGAAUAUAUAUGCCAGCUUCAAUUUGGAAUCGCUUCUCUCGCACUUUAAGUUUUUUAAAAAGGGCCGCAAAAUUGUAAGUGACUAUUGCCUACGAAAUGUUACUGGAUGUCCAAACUACAGCGACGAGGCUCUCUUGAUUGGGUUGAUUGAUGAUGCGGAUGAUCUGAAGGACGUCAAAAUUAAGCGCCUACCUAUUGGCAUUGGAAAGUAUUUAAAUAACAGACCUGCGCUUAUUGACAGCACAGGGAACGUUCAUAUAAGUUUUUUCCCACCUCUCUUUCGUUUGGGCGACGAGAAAGAUUACACAAUUGACUAUAUCAACAGCAUCAGCAAUCGAAUCAGUCUUCUGGAAUCCCAAUUAAAAAGCUCCCAGGACUCCAUACUUGAAGCUUUAACUUCAGCCCGCCAGAAAAGACUAAGCCCUCUGGUUCUUACCAUCAAUCAGUUGAAAGAAGAGAUCCCUAAGAUAAAGGCUAAGCUUCCGCCAAAUCGACGACUGCCCUUCGAUGAAACCAGCGUUUCGGAUAUUUACCUACUCGCCUCCGUGGUCCCUAAGCAGCUGGACAACCAGGUGGUCUUCCAAAUCACAGUGCCAUUAAUCGAAGUGGAGGAGUUCAAUGUCUAUCGCCUCACGCCCAUUCCCCGAGUGGUUAACGGCAAGAUCCAGCUGAUGGACAGCGAAACACUCUAUUUGGGUAUCAAUGACCACCAGGACAGGUAUUUUCCUAUCCGAGACCUGAAGGAUUGCACUGAAUUGGGCAAUGAGAGAUUUGUCUGCAAACACAAUCAAAUUACCCACGGAGAUGGAGAUAAUCGGUUUGCCUGCUCUUUGGCGGCCAUCCGGGGUCAAUCCUCCGAAGCUUGCACCUUCCACCAACUGGAGCAGAGUGCCCAAUGGACCCAGCUGGUGGCACCGAAUUCAUGGAUGGUGGCCCUCACCAAGGAGCUAUCCUUGACGGGUGUGUGUUCCGGUAAAAGGCAAGAGCUUAAGAUCAACGGCAGUGGAAUCCUGAGCAUUCGGGGCGACUGCAUCGUCCGGAGUUCAGUGGUCACUCUCCAAGGAGAACCCAAUCCUAAUGAUCCCUCGAAAAAGGGAUUUGCCUCGCUGCAGCUCUCCCCGAAAAGCUCACGGGAAACAGAAAACACUGAUCAACUACUUGAUAUAGAAAAGAUACUGAGGUCAGAACAGGAAAAACAAUUACAUGAUGUAGUACAGAUACUGAGGACGGAACAGGAAGAACAUUAUCAUCCAAUGUUUAUAAUCACUGGGUGUCUUAUAACAGCUGCCGUUCUUAUUUUGCUGGCCUGGAUAUAUCUUAACCAACGUAAACUGGAACUUGCAGUGGCUCAAAAUCCAGUCAACACUUUCGAUGCCUAUCCAGACCCAAAAAAUGAAACCAGAGUCAGCAAUCUUCCGCUGCUGGAGAAACAUGAAGUAUAACAUAUACAUAUUGUGUCGAUUAUAAUACAGAUUUAUUUGUUUGGUUUAAUUGCAAUAAAUAUUAGUUACUUUCAUCAUUUA